GUUUGAAGGUGCCGACCUGACGAUAAUCAAAGUUAGCCGACUGAAUAUGGGGACCUACCUGUGUAUUGCUAAUAAUGGAAUUCCUCCAACUGCUGUCAGAAAAGUAAUGCUACACGUACAUUUUCCUCCAAUGAUAUCGAUUCCAAAUCAGCUGAUCGGUGCGUCAAUAGGAGAAGAUGCUACUCUGGAUUGCAAUACUGAAGCAUACCCUAUGUCCAUAAACUAUUGGACUAAAGAGAACAGUGUAAUGAUAGUUUCAAAUAGUAAAUACAUUACCAGUAUACAGGAUAAUACGUACAAAGUGCACAUGAAACUGACUGUAGUGAGUGUGCGGCCCGAAGAUUACGGCACCUACAAAUGCUCAGCAAGGAAUUCAUUAGGUACUACAGAUGGAGCUAUCAGGCUAUACCAAAUAUACGACUCUCAACAUUUCAUCAGCGAGCCAACGACAGCGAGAACAGAAGCCGUUAAGGGGAAAGGUCCACCAAUGCAAGACGAUUCUCUUACCAAAGAAUUAGAUGGAGAAGUUGAACCACCUAUACAGCGCCCUAGUGUAUCAGAAGGUGCCUCCUGUGCUGCUGCAGUGGAGUCCGUCUACAUAUACCUCUCGUUUUUGUUGAUAUUCGCGAGCGCAGUGGUGUGGCUACCUUUGUCUUAAGAUGAAAUUCAUUACAUUAUGAAGAAAAAUAACCUAUCAAAGCACUGAAGUGUAUAUCCGUUGAUCAAAUGCAACAGCCAGAAAGGAGCGAUCGCUCCUUUCAUUUAUAAUGUCUAUCAAAGAAAGAAUUCAUGUACCAAAUGCAAGAGGAAAAGAAAUCAAAUUGUGCCACUCCUGACGCCUAUCAAUGAGAGGAAAUUCUGUCAAUAAAAGUCAUCGACAGGAUUAAUUGCGAUAUAUUUAGAACUGCGAUAUAAAGUGGAUUUGAGCUUUCAAAAUUAGUGCUAUAAGCAAAGAAAGUUUUAAAAGCUUACUGCGGCUUAUUUAGGAGCCUAAAAGAUAUAACCUCUCUGAGUAAAUAUUUGCUGGUGUUAUUCAACAUCCACUUGCUUGAAAAUUAACGUCUAAAACAUUCCAGUUGCGUUGUGUUGUUGAGAGUGCAUGACAAAUAUUCAGAAAAAAAAAUUGAUUAUUACUAGUGAAUCUGAAACAAAGAAAAGAUCUGAGAACUAUAUUUUCUCCUCGAUAAUGUGCAUUAUCCCUUUAGAUGUAAACUCUGAAAGAAUAAUAAUCAUAGAUGGCAAGUAAUAAUUUCAUACAAGAACAUUUGAAAAUUAUAAAUUGCUUAGAAAUUGUAAACAAUAAUCCGCUCUUUAAAGCGGUAAAGUUGCUGAAACUGAAGUAAUAAUGCUAAUAAAAUUGCAUUUGUUCCGAGGUUUGUUCAGAAAUAUGCUCAACUGUGGUGAGAAAAAUAGGCAUUUUCUUAUACAAGAAGUUCUAAUUUCAGUCGCAGGCAAAAUAGGAUAUCUACAUUUAUAAUUACUGUAAUAUAAGCAGUGGCAUUAAAUCUGUUUUUCUUUGCUGCAUUAUUCAGAAAGUUUUAUACCUCAGUAUUAGUAAUUUUUUGCGAAAAUGUGAUCAGGCCGAAACAAUCGUGGAAAAAAUUUUUAUAAUUAAAUUUUAUACAAAUAAUUAGGAACAAUACUUUUAUUGGUGGAUUUAAAAACGUUUUGUGUUAUUUUGUAUUGUGUUUAUGGAUGAAUGUCUGAGUAACCAACUUGUUCUAUUUAAUAUAAAUUAGUGUCUAAAUAUUAUAUAUUGUUUAUAAAAAUGGUCGAAUGUACUAUAUUAUAAAUUAUUUUGAGAAAGAACUAGCUUUAUCUAUCUUUGUGUAUACAAACUGUUAAAAUGUUAUAUGAUAAGGUCAUUGUAAGCAUAUGUAAAAUGUAUGAAGAACUAUUUAAAAUGAUUUUUUAAGUUUUAAGAUGCAUUCAAUAUAUACAUUAAAAUAACCUCAUUAAUCAUUUUGAGUACAAGACACUAAAAUUUACUUUUAUACAUAUUUUCUUUAAGAAAUUUUAUAAAUGGCUAUUUUAUUUCUCAUGAGUGUAAUUAACUCUAAAAAUACAGCAUAAAAUUUAGAAAACGUGUGCUCUACUUGAUGAGAUUGCAUAAUUGCUUUCAUAUUUGGAUAAAAAAUUUUAUAUCCAAAUAUGAUACUUAAUUUUUAAAGCAGUUCAACAAGAGAAUACUUCUGCAAGAAUUUUCAUAUUUAAUUAAAAAUUAAUUAUCAAACAAAAAUGCUCAUUAUAAACAUAUAUAUAUGAUUGUUUAAUUUAAUUCUCUUUGACCUGCUUGUUUAUUUAUAAAUACAUAACAUGAAAUUAACAAACGUAGCUUUUUUUUCAAGUAAUGGUUUCUUAUGGUUUCUAGCAUCAAAUUACUAGUAAUACUUUAUUUUAUAUUUCACAAUUGUUGAAAGUGACUUUCAUUCAACUGCAUAGCAGAAGUAAUCUACAAUUUAAUUUAUCUGUCUACUUGUUUAUGUAUAAUGUAUUCAUUUUACUAACCUUUUUUUCACUCAAUAUUUUUUUUUUUCAUCUUCGCUUCCUUUAGACUUCACUUUUAUAGGAUCAGUAAUUUGAAUAAUAAAUUACUAUAAAAUUUAGCAUAUCUGUAUUACAUUUUUAUUAUUAAGUUACCCAUAAAUACCCAAUUAAGUGAAGAAUAAAGCGUUUUUUUUUUCAUUUUAAGUAGUAAUUCAAAUGUUAUAAAAAUUAUUUCUGUGUACGAAAAAUCAUGAAAUAUAUUCGUUGGUAGAUUUCCACGAAAGGAAAACUGUGAAAAAAGUAAUUUUUCAAAUACUUAAUGAACAGACAUUUUUAAAAAAGCUAUCUUUUUAACUCCUACACAUUAUUAUGAAUGAAGAAUAUUUAAAAAUUUUAACUAAUUGCUUUACUACGUAUUAGGAAAUAAAACUGAGUAUGAAAAUCUAAAAAACCAACAGACAAAAAUAAGUUAUAAAAUAUAUGAAAUGCUGCACUGCAAACUCAAAUAGCUUUAGAAAUUUAUUUAAAUAUUAGGUGUUAAGGAUAUGUAUUGAAAAAGUAUAAUGUUUAACCUUUUUAAAAAGGAAAUCAUUUAAAUUUUGAAACUAGUUUUGUAUGUAAAUGAGAAAAUAUUCUUUUUUAUAAUUAGUAAUAUUUGGAUAUUUUUAUGAAUAUAACAUUUUGUUCUUAUUUGUAUUGUGUACUGUGAAUUUUCUUAAAUAUUUUCCGUUUUCAUAUUUGAUUUUUUAAAAAAACAGUAUGGACUUUUCGGAAAACUUUUCGGAAGAAAGACUACAUCUGUGAUGGUAUUUAACUUGAAUGGAUAACAACAUAUUUUACAUGUGUAAAACAGUUACUGUGAAUGAUUACACAAGAAUAUGGAAAAAAACCUAUAAUAUGUUUGAAUAACUACACACAGUGUAUCACGUUAGUACCUUUGUCAAUGCUUCAUAUACAAUGUUUUGUACUUUACACUGUAUGUUUAUAUAUUGCUGUCUCUAUUGUCCGAGUGCUGUGUAAAAUGUCGUUGUUAAAACACACUUUAUGCAUCGUUACAAUGUUAUAAAGAGUUUAUAUGUUGGAUAUUAAAACGACCUUUACAUUAAUUGUAAACAGACCAAAUUUUGGCAGCUGAGAGACGACAAAUGGGAUAGUAACUUGGUGGGAUCCUUUCAACUUAGCGAUUAAAAACCUCUUGCAACAUUAUUGCGUUAUUCACUUCAGCUGAUAGACUUAACUUAUCAGAAUUAAUAAAAACGAUAAGUCGAAAAAUAUAAUGACGAAUCGAUAAAUCGGUAAUUUUUUUUAAUUUAUCGAUUUCAGAAAUGAAGAUUACCAGUUAUGAAAUAAAAUGGUUCACUUAAUAAAAUUAGAGAUUUUGCUUAGUUUCGUGACUAAUUCCUUUAAAAAGACUUCAAAAAUUUUAAUAAUAUAUUCAUUAAAUUACCUUUCUAAAUUGUGAGAUUUAUAAUUAAAACUUAGACAGCAUAGAGCACAAACUUAAUAUUUGUAAUUUUUUCUUCUCUUUUAAGUGAGACUACAACGCAUUUCGUCACGUAUUUUCCAUACUAUUUUUAUUGCUUGCUGACUCAAUUAUGAAGUGAAAAAUAUACAUAAAUUCUUUUCAGUGUAAGGCUAUAUAAGCAUUUGUUUUCAAAGAUUGUUUUGAUUAAUAAGAGAAGUCACAGCUUUAAAUGAGAGAUUAAACAUUAAAAAUUUCACCUGCACGUUUAUAAAAUUUUUCUUUUCAGUAAACAGCGUGUUAUAGUGCAUUUUCACUGAGGAUUUUAGAAACAGAAAAGUGAAUACAAUUGAGUAAUAGUAUGUAUAAAUUGGAGCAGAAUCCAGUAAAAUCAAAAUAAUAAAAUUAGUUUGCUUAGCCGCAUUAUUAAAUAAAAUAUUAAAUGGAUUUUUACUUUCCUGGUUUAAUCAGGUAAUUUUCUUGUCCGACGCUGUUCAUAGACAAUGACAUUCCUAAAAUAUUACCAGAUAAAAACAUAAUAUUCUAUGGAAUUAAAAUGCUAGUUUCCUUAAAGUUCUUUUAAUGAAUUUUCAUGUCUGCAAACUCAGUUCACAUUUUUUAAACAUAGCCGCAGUAGUUUCUCUCUGUAUAUCAAGGUAGUAGUUACCUUCAGUUGGCCACUCUGUGUAAAUCUUUUCAAAUGCAUUAUUGAAAGAAUGUUUUAUGAAUUAAAAAGUGUUAGAGUGAAGCUAAACCCUGAGUAUAAAACCAUAUUUAUUCGAUUUUUUUCAUUUCUCCAUUUAAAUGACCGUAUCUGAAACAUAAAAAAAUUAAAUGCGAUGAAUAUAAACUAAAGAAAAAUGUGUAUGGAAAUAAGUAAUAUUAUCUAUAUUAUCUGAAAUAUUAUGAAGUACUUUUUAAAGUGAAUAAGGAAACAGUCUAAUUUUAAGUUCUAAUUUAAGACAAUAAAAUAAACAUAAUUUUAUUUAAAAAUAUUAUUGAGAAGAUUAAUUAAAGAAUAAUUAUUUCAUAAUCAAUGGUUGUUCUUCUACGUAAAUUUCCUAAAACUGAACGUAUUUAAACGUAAAUUGAUGUUUUCAAUCAAAGACAACAUAUUAAUUAAAUUUGCAGAAGAUAAUCACUUCAAACAGGAAGGAAAACAAAUAACGAAAUAGAAUGAAAAAAUAAAUUUUAUUUACUGUAUAAUUUUGCAUUUUUAUUAUUUAAGAAAUAUACCAAAAUCCAAGCAAAUGAUAAUUUGUAUAUAUUAAUCUCUGAUUUUGGUUUUGCUUAGAGGUAAAUAUAGGGAAAAAGAAUUUAAGAUUUGUUAUCAAAACAUUAUCUUAUCUUAUUCAAGAAAAAAGUAUUUGUAUCUGUCUCAGCUCCAUAAAAAUUACAAAAUGUUUUAAAUUAUAAACCAAAGUUUAAAUAAAAGACUUUUCGAAAUCGCUAACUCGAAAGAUAUGUAAAUAUUAAUUCAUAGUUAAAUGAAAAAUAAUAAAUCUUCCCUUAAUAUUAUUAUAUAAGUAACUGGACUUUUCUGCAGCAAAAUGUUCUUUAAUUUAAACUUUUAGUAUUUCCAGGAACAAACUUGCGUCUGUUGAUACUGAAAUUUAUUUUUUAUUUCAUUAAAAAAUAAAUUUCAUUGUAAUUAUGUUUCUCAAAAUAUGUAUUAAAAGAAUACCGACCUAUUAAAUCUUAAAAAAGAUUUUUUAAAGCUGAGACGAAAUUUAAUAUUGGUGCACGAAAUGCAGUUUAUAAGUUAAUGCAAACACGCAAGAGCAAUUUAAUAUUACGAAGUAAUGGCAUAUUUGAAAUUCCAAAAUAUAUCAGAAAAAUUUUCUAUUUGUUGCAGGCAUAUAUACAUGUAUAUAUGCAUGGGUUAGCAUUCUAAAGCAAUCUAGCAGUACAUACAACUUGCGUCUUAAGAAAACAGAUGAUUUCAGUACCUUAGAAAUUUCAGCUUUAGAUGAUAUUUUAUAUCACAAGUUUAGUGAUGCGGAAGGUAUGUUUGUCAAGAAAAACUAAGUAUACAAGAUGCAACUUUUAUUCUUAAGUAUGUCACAAAAAACGCAUCUGUGCGAUUUAUUCAGAGAUAAAUUAUAGUAACCUCUUUCAUAAACUUCAAGAAUACAAAUGUAACUAUAAACUUCAGUCCAUUCGUAUAUUUAAAGUACAUAGCUUUGUAUAACAGAUUUAUGAUGGAUUUUACAUUUUUAAGUUUUUGAAUUGUCUGAAUAUAAGGAAUCAUUUACAGUUUUAUAUAUAAAAUGUAUCCAAUUUUGAAUCUUUUCCAAUAAAGACUGGAACCUACUCAUUUAUCGUGAAGCUAAUUUGUAUUAUAUUUUCAACAGAGGUUAAGUUGUAUGAAAAAAUAUUUUAUCCAAAUGUAAUAUUUUAAAUAGGUAUUCAAAAUGAUAAAUUAAUUGCAAAUUAAUUUAAUGUGUACAUGUUCUUAUGUUUUAUUUCUUUUAAUAUAAAAGUCGCGAAGUUAUAGCCCGGUUUUAAGCUUCAUUUCGUAUUUGCUUGACAACUGAUAAUAUGUUAUACUAGCAAAAAAGAAAAAGAAAUAGCUAAUCAAAUUUUUCUACUCAGUAAUAUUACAUCAUAAACUCCAAAUACGAUAAGCGUUUUUAAGCGAAGCAACCAAUAGUUACUUAUUUCAUCUGUUAUCAUGAAUAUAUAUUUUGAAUUCGAGGGCACAAUAAUUAUUCUGGCAUUUUUAAUUAUUUCAUCUCUUUCCCCUCACAAAUAAAACAGAAUUUUUUCGCUCUUAGGUAAUUUUCUUUGUAAAGGAAUUCUAUGCAUAAUUCUUUAAGGAAAGUUCAUGAAAUUAAAAAAAAAAAAAAUUUUUUUUCAGUUGACCUAAUAUAUUAAGACUCAUAACACAGGGCUGAUUGUAAAGUUUUAAGUCUGCCUUUUCGUCUCCUUUUCAGGAUCAACACCCUUGUACUUGGUAUUAUGAAGGUCAUGCAUCAUCUAUUGAUAUUUGCAGAAUUAAAGUUUUGAGAUAAGAUCACAAGUUGACAAGUAAUUAAAGUUGAGUAUCCUCAGUUCAUAAGCAUUUCACUCUUCUUGCAUCUUUUUAGUGAGAGUUUCGAGAAAUAUUUUUAUAUUAUAUGAUAUAGGGCACGGAAUGGGUCAAUAUUCUGCAAUACAGUUUUCGGCUUUCUUUCUUGCCAACUCAUUGAUAUAUUUUACAGCAUAAGGUUUCAUCCAACAAAUAUUGACAAUAAUUUUUUUUUUUUAAUUUCUAAAUGAAUAACCCAAGUUAUCCUUAAAGCUGGAAAAUAAAAUUAGCGAAAAGAAGUUUCCUUGAAAUUAUAAAGUGAAAAAUACUCCCAGCUGUAAUAUAAAGUGUAUAUCACCUCUUUUAUCCUUCUUCAGACACUGUAAAAAGUGCAUCUCAAUAAGAAAAAUUAGAGAAAGACAGAGUUUUUGAUUGUGAAUAAAAGAAACUGUCUUAAAAUUUUGCUAUCAGCCUACCUACCAUAUUUUAAUUAUAAGAUCGAAAAGACAAUGUAUAAGCAUUUUCCAAAUUUAGUUAACUUUCUUAUUAUUUUGCCUGAAUUAAACUUUAUUUUCAGAAUAUUUACUUAUGCAGUUAAUAACACGUAAAUUCCGAAGUCUGUGUGGAACGGAAGCUGCUCUCAUAAUCUAUUCGUAGAACAUUGAGCGUAAAUGAAUAAUAUGAGUUGAAUACAAAAAAUAAUGAUAAUAGUUGAUGUUUUUAAGAUAAACGUUAAAUGUGGUGGGUUUGCAAGUUAAAGAAAGCAUUUUUCUUCCGUUUAAAAGUUUGAAAAUUUUAAACAUAAUUAAAUACAAGGAAUGAAUGCCACAUGCACAUUAAUUUAUGUUUUGACUGAUUUUUAAUUUUCUCUUUAUUUCGUGUUAUUCAAAUACGGUAAGAGAUGCGUUCAGGAAAACAGGUACUUAGACUUUAUCUGCUGCCAAUGGUAAUUUUUCCUAACAGUAAAUUAGUUUCGGAUAUAAUUUUAAGCAUUUCAUUUUAAUAAAUUAUUAAAUAAAUAUUGAUAAUAUUGCACUAAAAAUUAUUUGUCUCCCUCCAAAAGUAUCUGAUUUUAAAGCAGAUUGAAUAACUCACAAACAGUUCCUGCAUUUUCAGUUUUGCUUGAGCACGCCAGUAGUUUUGCCCUUAAAUGGAUUUUUGGUGAUUUAUUAAUAAUCAAGUUAUCAAAAUAACUCUUUUUCUAGGGACACUACCAAGUCAGCGCAGUUGCCUAUUAUUAUGCUUUACUCACAGCUCGGACUUCGUAAAACUAUGUCUUCCACUCUUAACCAUCAACACCUUCGCUUUGAUGUUUUCCCUUUUAGAGGAUAAGCUAUGAUUGGUUAAAAAUAAUGAAGGAAGUAAUUUGUGUGGAAGGUAUGUCAUUAUGACGUAGCAUAGAAUCCCGAGACUGAUGGGCCGCCAAAAGUUUUAUUUUUGUAUUACUGUGUAUUAUAAAUAUAUACCUGUAAAUAUGUAAGUGUUGUGUACAGAUGAAUAGUGAAAUAAAAGUUUAACCCAUGA